GUAGCUAUUCUUGAAUGUCCUCAGCCAACUUCCGGGUUUAUACAACGCGCUUACAAAGUUUGUAAGGUUGUUAUAGUUUGUACGAAUAAUAUUAGCGCGAGAAAAUAUGAUACAUCCAAGGUCCAGCGUAUUCUGUAGCGUACUUAUUUGUGUAUUAAUUGCCGUGCAAAGCACUAAAAGUCAAGUUAACAGAGCAGUUUACAAUGGAAGUGAGAUUCUGUUCUUCAACACAAGGAAAACAUACGAUGCUUCCCAAACUGCAUGUCAGCUUAUAUCUGGUGACUUGGUUAUUAUAAGAAAUAAAGCUUUACAGGAUAUUAUUACUCCUUACUUGGAUUCUAACCUUCCAUAUUGGAUCGGACCUUGGGCCACGGGAUACUGGAUCGGUGGUCGACGUCAAGCAACUGUUACUGAUUGGAAAUGGAGGGAUGGAACUCCAUUACCUCAACCUGGAUCAGUCGAUAUUUAUCAAAACUGGAUUGGUGUCGAACCAAAUGGGGCAUUAGGAACCACUUGGUGUGCAGCUAUGACACCGUUUAAUUACAUAAACCCCUUCAACAAUAUUAAAGGAGGAUGGUCGGACGAUGAUUGUACUCGAACAAAGUAUUACAUCUGUCAACGAGAUUUGUGUGCAGUGAGACCAUGUCAGAAUAACGGAACUUGUGUUGCCAUGGAAACCAUUUACAGAUGUGAUUGCCCGCCAGGUUAUAUCGGAGGAAAUUGUGAAAUAGAUUUAUGCGCUUUGAAUCCUUGUCGGAAUGAAGGAACAUGCAACAAAAUACCGGCGAAUUAUACGUGUUCAUGUGUAAAAGGAUUCAGCGGACAAAAUUGUGAAAAUGGUAAAACUGUUGGCCCGAUGAAAAUUUAUUUAACAAUUAACAUUCUUACUUCCUGCUAAAAAUUUUUGU